AUGUAUCUGCUGGUCCUGGUUCACAUCUUGCAGUCCCAUCUGUCGGCGGCCCAAUCCUGUCCAGCUCUGUGUGCCUGCACGUAUGGGGAGAGUGGAGCAGCAGCGCUCAGGUCGGUGCAGUGCAGUGACCCGGGAAUCUCAGCCGUUCCCAUUAACGUCCCAGCUGAUACGGUAAAACUGCGUCUGGAGAAGACCCCGAUCACCAGGGUGCACCGGGCAGCCUUCUACAACCUGUCGGAGCUGCGUUUCCUGUGGCUGACCUACAACUCCAUCACAACAGUCCACCCCAGCAGCUUUGUCAACCUGAAGGCCCUGCGUGAGUUGCGCCUGGAAGGAAACCUCCUGACAUCCUUCCCCUGGGAGGGCCUCAGGGACAUGCCACGCCUCCAGACACUGGGUCUCCACAACAACCGUCUGUCCAGCCUUCCUGCCCACGCCGCUCUCUUUCUACCCAACAUCACCUACCUCGACCUGUCCAGCAACAGGCUGACUAUACUGCCCGUUGAGCUGCUGGACCUUUGGUUUCCUCUCCAAGGACAACAGGGAGCACCAGUACAAAGAAGAAUUUUGGGUCUCCAUGACAACCCCUGGUUGUGUGACUGCCAGAUCUCCAUGGUGAUAUCCUUGUCCAUUUCCUAUGGGAGUCCUGUGGUCCUCAUGGACCAGCUGCUGGUGUGUCGCAUGUCUCCGGGUCAGUUAGGGAUGCUUCUGACCCAGACAGAGCUGUCCCGCUGUACGAGGCCUUCAGUGCAGCCUGCGGUCACCAGGGUCAUCUCUCCACUGGGCAGCAACGUCAUCCUUCGCUGUGAUGCCACCGGCUACCCAACACCGACCCUGACCUGGAUCAAAACCUCGGCCUACACUGAUUGUUGCAAACAAGACAACCUCACGAACUCUGAUCAGCUACCCAGGAAUUUGGACAGUUUUAUGCAGCAAUCUCCUCGAGUGGGCGUUCGCUGGUCGAUAAUCAGCCUGAACGGGUUAUCAUACAAGGAUGCUGGCGAAUAUCGCUGCCUGGCACGGAACAUGGCAGGGAUAUCUGAAGCCCCCAUCAAACUGAGGGUGGUGGGAGUCUCGAGACUAUCCCGUCUUCCAAAAAAGAAGUCCCAAAAGACUCCACCCAAAUCAACAUCAAAAUACAGGAAGCCCAACCAGACUCCUACCAAUGUCCCCUCAGUGAGGGACAAUCAGAUACUUCAAAACGUUACCCCACCUUCCAUUAAAAAGACCCAGGCGGCUCCUAAUCUUUCACCAAGAAUUGUCCCCAUAAACAAGUACAUUAAGAGGCUUAAACUGAACCUAACAGAUGCAAAGACGUCGACAUCCGUCAAGUCUUCACCUGAGCCCCCAGACAACUCUACAACUGCACUAUUGUCAAAGACACUUGUAUGA